AUGAAAGAACUUCUUCCUUGGAAACUCCCUGCUCCUCAGAAAUACGCCUUUGUGAAUGCUACGGUCAUUGACUCCGCUAAUGGUGUCGCAAUCGAAGGCUUGACCGUGCUCACAGCAGAUGGCAAGAUCGCCGACGUUUGCAAAGGUGCAGCUCCGCCAGAGUACACAGCUGUCGAUUGUACAGGCAAAUAUCUGUGCCCUGGACUUUUUGACAAUCACGUCCACGUGCUCGCCGCUCCUGGAGAGGACAACCUGAAAGAUCUGUUCCAACGUCAGCGUGACACUGCCAUGUUUCGUGCCGCAAAGAAUAUCGAGUCCAUGUUAGCCAGAGGAUUUACAUCCAUUCGUGACACUGGGGGCGCCGAAUAUGCCAUGUUCCAAGCCAUUGAGGAGGGUGUCAUUAAGGGACCGCGCCUAUUCUACUCUGGCCCGGCUAUCUCCCAGACUGGUGGCCAUGGAGACUUUCGUGGACGCGAAAUUCCUUCUGACCACUGCAACUGCCACAUGCCCUCUCUAGGUGUUGUUGCCGACGGUGUUACUGAGUGCAUGAGAGUUGCCAGAGACAAUCUCCGUCAAGGUGCUCAUUUUCUCAAGAUAAUGGGCGGUGGUGGUGUUGCAUCUCCAACAGAUAAACUUACCAAUAUGCAGUACACGGAGGACGAAAUCCGGGCCAUUGUCAAGGUUGCCGAGUCCUACGACACAUUUGUCACUGCCCACGCAUACACCACAAGAUCUGUGCGCACAUGUGUGCUUAACGGUUGCAUGGGAAUUGAGCACGGUAAUUUGAUGGACGACGAGACGGCGCAGCUAGUUGCUUCCAGGGGUGUUUAUGUCACUCCAACUCUUGUUACCUACAAAAUUAUGAGCUCCAAACAGUUCAGCCACUUUUUAAGUGCCGACUCCCAGGAGAAGAACAAAGUUGUGCUCAAAAGUGGUCUUGAAUUCCUCACUCGUGCCAAGAAAUUUGGCAUUAAGAUCUGCUACGGGUCCGAUCUGCUUGGCAGCCUGUCGGCAUACCAGACAUCCGAGUUCUCGCUUCGGGGAGAGGUGCUAUCUGCGGCAGACAUCCUCAAGUCUGCUACUAUCACUCCGGCCGAAGCUCUUAAGGUUGACCAUCUCAUUGGGCAGAUCAAGCCUGGCUUUUACGCUGACCUUCUCGUCCUUGAACGCAACCCGCUAGACGACAUCAGCGUUUUGGACCAGUACGAGGACAACUUACGUGUUGUCAUGAAAGACGGCAUAGUCUACAAGAGUAACUGGGAUGAACUGAAAUGCGAGGUGAAAGCAUAG